GUCUGUAUCCUCGGCGACUCCACUUCUCUGUCGAUCUCGUCGACGUGUCGGCGUCUCUCUUGCGAUCCUCGACGGCUCUGCUUCGGUGUCGGUCUCGUCGACGAUUCACACUCCUUUCUCGUGAUCCUCGACGAUUCACACUCCUUUCUUGCGAUCCUCGACGACUCCCUCUCUCCACACCUCCUAACGGAAUCCUCUGUCUCUGUGGCUCGUCCGAGAAGGCGAUUCUCCCUCUCUCGCCGUGGAUCUACUGGAAUCGGAAGGUUCAAUUCUGUCUCGCGGUGGCUCUCUUCUCGGCUAGUCCAAAACUUGCUUGUUGUGAAAAACGCGACGGGAAUCAAUGCAAGCAACGUUGGCACAAGCUGAAUGAAGCAGUUUGCAAGUUUUCUGGGGCAUAUGAGGCAGUGAGAAGAAAACCAGUGGCAUGAAUGACAAUGACGUUCUAAAACUAGCCUACGAAAUCUACUUCAACAACCAACAAAAGAAGUUCAGCCUUGAACAUGCGUGGAACGAGCUUCGCAACGACCAGAAGUGGUGUGAGCUCGCUACAUCUAAAACUGAAAGCAGCUCUAAAAGGAGGAGGUUCGCGGAUGGUUCUCAUUCAGGAGCAAGCUCUCAAGUCAAUGAAUGCGAUGCUGGUGUAGAAGGAACAUCUCGUCCCCCUGGUGUUAAGGCUGCAAAAGCUCGUGGAAAGAAGCCGCAUGUUGAGGGGCAAGAUGUGUCUGAUUAUCAGCUCAUGUGGAGCAUCAAGAAGGAUGACUUGGCAAUGAAGCAACAGCUCUCCAAGAUGAGGCUACUUGAGAAGCUUCUUGCAAAGGAAAAUCUAGCUGAUUAUGAAGAAGAUCUCAAGAAAAAGCUCAUAAAUGAGCUAAUGUAACUCUCGGCUUUAUGUCUUCCUUAUGUUUGUGUCAUUUUCUAGUAGUUUGUUUCAUGUUCUAGUUGUUUCAUUUUAU